AUGCACACCUGCGUCCACAGGCACCGCAUUUGGGGCUGCUCGGGCGUUUUGGAUCGGUCACUGGAGGCUUUUCCGGGGAACGCCAGUUAUCCCCCGGGGGAUUAUUAUCCUCUACACCCGCCGCGGUUUCGCCGAAGCGCCGGUGUGUUACGCGUCAUUCGACUCCCGUACGGAAACCGCGCCCCCCCGGCCUCCGUACGGGGUAAGCGAACGGCAACGGCGUGCUGUCCCUUUAAGAAGCGGCGUCACGGCCCCCUGGGCGUUACCCGGAAGUGUUUUCGGAGCGUUUCGUCAGACGGGGGGAAGCGUGCCGCGUCGGUGGAGCUCCGCUUUAUGAAGUGCGUUUAUCACGCCGGCGUUAAACUUAUCAAAUUAAGAAGCAUGACGUCAUUGCCGCGGCAAGCAGCGGAGAUGAAGGCCGAAGUGCUUCGAUUCUUCCCGCGCACCUCCAACGGACUCUCCGCCCAACAUGAGGGCCCGUCAGAUGGUGCUGAAACCUUGAGUUCAACGGUGAAGGCUCUGAAGGAGGGUCAUGUGGUGGCGGUGCCCACUGACACUAUCUAUGGUAUUGCAUGCCUGGCACAGAACACAGAGGCCAUCAGGAAAGUGUAUGACAUCAAGGGACGAAACGGACAGAAGCCUCUGGCCAUCUGCGUAGGGGAAAUCCAGGACAUCUUUAAAUACUGCAAAGUGAAUGUGAAAGAAGAGCUUCUUGGUGACCUGCUGCCUGGUCCAGUCACUCUGGUGUUUGAAAGGUCUGAGGCACUGAACACGGAGUUCAACCCCUUCACUCCUCUCGUAGGUGUACGUAUCCCAGAUCAUACCUUCAUGAGGCAACUUUGCCAGAUGUGCAAAGAGCCCCUCGCACUUACCAGCGCCAACAUCAGCACGCACACCAGCUCGGUGGCCAUAAAUGAGUUUGAGGUCCUGUGGCCUGGGCUAGCUAUAGUGGUGGAUGGCGGACCAAUAGGAGACCAGAGCCGGACUGGGUCAACGGUGAUUGACCUGUCGGUACUCGGCAAGUACCGUGUCAUCAGGCCCGGCUGUGCCUUAUCUGCUACAGUCGAUGUGCUGAAGCGCAAAUAUGGACUGUCAGAGGACCCGGGGGAUGAAUGAUGGUUAAACUCUCCACACCGCUGAGACGCACAACCACCCUUAACCUGGAGCUCCAUAGAGGAGAUAAACCCAGUCACUGUGAAGACUGCGAGCUACAGGAAGGCUGGAUUCUCAGAAGGUUAAAUCUGAACUCUUGAACCAGACUCCUUACUUCAUGGCUCAGCAUUGUCCAGUCUGCUCUGAGGGCUGAAGACGUUUUCAGUUUGUUUCUGUAUUCUCUGCCUUUUCUAUCAUUGUCAUGUCAUCGUGGGACGCGUGUGGGUAGAGUUCCAGUAUCGUUUAUGAAUGCAUUUAUUUCCAUUACUAGUAUUUUUACCUAUUUAUUGUCGGAGGACUGGAACUUACUCAGGGUGUGAUGAAAUGUUUUUAAUUUCGCCUCUUAUUUUUUGCUGUUUCUGUGUGGCGCUCAAAUGAGGGCACCGCCAGCCGGUUUCGAUUUAGGAAAGGUUCUUGUCCUGUUUUGACCGUGUGCUGUCGAGGGAUGCGAGUUUGAGAGCUGUGUUUAGACGCUACAGAUUGUUUGUGGCGCAGCAAUAAUUGUGAUGAAUUGCAAGAUGGUCAUCUGAUAUUUUAUUUGCAUGUCCAUUGGCUGAUACUUAUGAAUUUUAUAUUCUGUAAUACUGUUCUUCCUAAGUAGUAUAUUGGUACAUGGUAGUUUUACCUCCUCUGCAACGCCUUCAUAGUUUUCAAGUACUCUAGUACUGAGCAAUUCUGUCGUUUAAGGCAGUGGACCAAGUACUAGCUGAGGUCUGAAGAUGGUAUGCAAGCUGUAUGUGUGGGCGCUGGGCGGCGUGGUGGCCCGGUGGUUGGCGUUGUUGCCUCACGGCAAGAAGGUCCUGGGUUCGAACCCCAGGCCAUCCCAGGUCCUUUCUGUGUGGAGUUUGCAUGUUCUCCCCGUGUCUCCUCCGGGUGCUCCGGUUUCCUCCCACCGUCAAGAAGACAUGCACCCAUCCAUCCAUUAUCCGAACCGCUUAUCCUGCUCUCAGGGUCGCGGGGAUGCUGGAGCCCAUCCCAGCAGUCACUGGGUGGCAGGUGGGGAAACACCCUGGACAGGCCGCCCUCACAGAUAACAAACAUAUUGUGAUUAAACGCGCAGAUAAGAGCAGUGGGGUAGUUAUUUUGGAUCGAGAACAAUACGGGUGGGAGGCAGACGGACAACUCGGUUACACUGGACACCACACCAAACUUGGUAGCCCCAUUUUUCUGGACACUAUACCGUUAGUACAUAAGAUAUUGGAGAAUUUGUACACAGAACGGUUUAUCAACAUUAAACAAAAUUAUUUGAAGGAUAGUGACAAUCCCCGGCCUAGGAGGUUUUCUUUAUUACCUGAGAUCCAGAAAGAUCUGGAGUAGACCCUCGGAAGUCCCUGCCGGCCGCCCCGUUGUUUCCGACUGCAGUAGUGAUACUUAUCAAACAGCAGAAUUUAUUGAAUAUUAUCUUAACCCCAUUUUGACAUUAACCAUCCUAGGGUUAAUACUCCUGUCUGUGCCCCUGAGCAAGGCAGUGGAAAGAAGAGCUGGAGUUGGUCCCCGGGUGCUGCAGCUGCCCACUGCUGUUAUACAACAAGAUGGUUAAAUGCAGAAGACAAAUUCGCUGUAAGAAUAUAUUGUCAAAUUAAAGUGGCUCUCUCUUUCUCAUUUGAUUGUGGGUUGAUAAACUGUACCGCAAGAUAUUUUACAAACCUUGACAGGGAAAUAAUAAAUGCGUUCUACUUCUCUAUUGCUGCUGUCUUCUUGCUAAAGAUGGUGGUUCGGAAACGAUGUGUUCUGUCCAGGAUUUAUGGUUUUAAAGACGGCUGACUGGAUUGGUUAAAGGGAGUGUGAAAUGAGGCCAAGUGAUUUCAA